AGAGCGGCACAACCAAGUUUUAGACGGGCUGAAAGUUCUCGUGUUAGUGUAGAAUUGCAGAUAAAAUGGAUGAAUAUCCGUAUCCACUGUUUUUUGAAGCCACUGACUUUACAGACAGAGAGAAGGAGAAAGUGAGGAGAUACUUUCAGAAAAGGCGAGACUCCGGGGGUGGCGACUGCGGAAAUGUGGAAAAACUCGGAGGAAGAGUUUAUAAAAUCUGUUUUAAGGAAAAAGAAGAUCAAGAGAGAGUUUUGCAGAGGAAGUUUCACACCAUCACUCUUCCGAGUGGAGAAGUGCGGCUGACCGUGAGCAGGACAAAUUCGCAACAGACCUCUGACCAGCCAUCGCCAAGCCAAUCACUGACCUCAACAAACCCAAACAUAAAGGGUCUUGAGAAGACUUUCAGGAUAGAUGUUUUCCUGCUGUUUUUCCUGAGAGACAACUGUAAAGCUCUUGGUAACGGUCUGAAGAAGUGUCUGGAGCUUUGUGCACAGCUGAAUUUCGGUUCAGUGGCCAUUCCAAUCAUUGGGCCAGGAAUUGUUUUACAAUACCCGCUGAGAGAAGCUAUUCAAGUGUUGACCGACAUCAUUCACCAGUUUGGAUUAUCUGCAUCUUCUGGAUCUCUUACAAACAUCCACAUUGUCAUUAAACCUGGUUACCCUGAUUCUGAGGCGUGCUACCACGAUGUCUACAAACAGCUCAGCUUAAAUAUGAACCAGGGAGGCCAAGCAAUCUUCAGGUCCCUCACCAGUGACCUAGAUGACAUUGUCAUGAUACUGGAAAGAGGAGUUAAACUACAUGUGGUGUUUGGUGACAUCACUAAUGAGACUACAGAUGCUGUGGUGAACACAACAGACUUCCAAAAUUUUAACCUUGACUUUACUUUCCCUCUGUACUGGGACCCCAUGGCUGCCAAUGAGACUAUGAAGGUGGUUUCUCUGGAGACUUCUUCUGCAGAGUAUCACACAGUGAAGGAGGCUUUCAAACGAACUGUCCCCAAAACUGUGAUGAAGAAAGAAUGUCCUGUAACCCGGGGCAACUGCAGCAUCAUCACAUACCUGCUCUCCUACUAA